AGUAGCUUUCUAUUACGUUCAAACUUGAAGCACCCGUAGCCGCCACUCUGUCUAAAACCUUCCCUCUCUCAAACUCUCUGAGAUUUUGGUAAAGAUGAAGGCCGCCGCCAUCCCUCACCAUCACCAAUUUCUCUGCGGCGGCGCAACCUUCUCUCCACGGCCCAAACCCAACCUCUUCCGACCCGUCACCACCGCCAAUGCCUUCAGAGUCCGUAUGUCCCUCCGCGAAGACGCCCCCUCCGUCGCUGUCGUCGGCGUAACCGGCGCAGUCGGCCAAGAAUUCCUUUCCGUCCUCUCGGAUCGCUCAUUCCCCUACCGCUCUAUCCGUAUGCUCGCCAGCAAACGCUCCGCUGGCAAACACCUCACCUUCGAAGACAAAGACUACGUCAUCGAAGAACUGACCGCAGACAGCUUUAACGGCGUCGACAUUGCUUUGUUCAGCGCUGGAGGGUCGAUAAGCAAACAGUUCGGGCCUAUUGCGGUCGAUUGUGGAUCAAUUGUUGUCGAUAAUAGCUCCGUGUUUCGGAUGGAUCAGAAUGUGCCUCUUGUGAUUCCUGAAGUAAAUCCGGAGGCUAUGGCGCAUAUUAAGGUCGGUUCAGGGAAAGGAGCCUUAAUUGCUAAUCCCAAUUGUUCUACUAUCAUAUGCUUGAUGGCCGCCACGCCACUUCAUCGGCGUGCCAAGGUAUUGCGCAUGGUUGUUAGUACUUACCAGGCAGCUAGUGGGGCUGGUGCUGCUGCAAUGGAAGAGCUUGAACAGCAGACCCGUGAGGUCCUUGAAGGAAAACAACCAACUUGUAAUAUAUUUAAGCAGCAGUAUGCUUUUAAUCUGUUCUCACACAAUGCACCUGUUCUUUCAAAUGGGUAUAAUGAAGAGGAAAUGAAAUUAGUGAAAGAGACAAGGAAAAUCUGGAAUGACAUGAAUGUUAAAGUGACUGCAACCUGUAUACGAGUUCCUGUUAUGCGUGCACAUGCUGAGAGCGUCAACCUUCAAUUUGAGAAGCCUCUUGAUGAGGACACGGCAAGAGAAAUUCUGUUGAAUGCUCCUGGAGUAGUUGUUGUUGAUGACCGUGCAUCCAAUCACUUUCCUACCCCAUUGGGAGUUUCAAACAAGGAUGAUGUUGCAGUUGGCAGGAUACGCCAUGACGUGUCCCAAGACGGAAACUAUGGGUUGGACAUCUUUGUUUGUGGUGAUCAAAUACGUAAGGGUGCUGCUCUUAACGCUGUCCAGAUUGCAGAGAUGUUGCUAUAGUUCAGAUUUGAUUCUGAUCAUGAGGUGAAUUGAGCUGCUUUUAAUGCCAUUCAGGUUGCAGAGAUGUUGCUGUAGUUCAGAUUUGAUUCUGAUCAUGAGGUGAAUUGAGCUGCUUUUAAUGCCAUUCAGGUUGCAGAGAUGUUGCUGUAGUUCAGAUUUGAUUCUGUUAGUCAGUUUUCGUUUUUUGAAAUAUUUAUCUAGUGAGAAAAAGUGUUUUCAGAGGAGAAAACAAAUUUGAGCAUUUCAUUUAGCGUAUUUUUUUAAUUGUAGUUGCAUGUUCCAUUUGAAAUGUUUUCUGCAGUUUUUUUUUAGUUAAAAUAGUUCUGUACCAACUGGAGGAUUUUCUGAAUAAUUGUAUUAUUUAUGAGCAUUAUGCUGCAUUGACUCU